CGUAUUUCUCAGCUAGACGGCUGCCUCUGUGAGACAUUAUGGCGGUGAGCGCCGUCCACCUGGAGUCAGACGCCUUUCUGGUGUGUAUGAAUCACGCGUUGAGCACAGAAAAAGAAGAGGUGAUGGGUUUGUGCAUCGGAGAAGUGGAACUCAGCCGUAUCGUCCAUAUUUACUCGGUCAUCAUCCUCCGGCGCUCGGACAAGAGGAAGGACCGGGUGGAGAUCUCCCCCGAGCAGCUGUCCGCGGCCUCCACAGAGGCGGAGAGGCUGGCCGACAUAACCGGCAGGCCGAUGCGGGUGGUCGGCUGGUACCACUCCCAUCCGCACAUCACCGUGUGGCCCUCCCACGUCGACGUGAGGACCCAGGCCAUGUACCAGAUGCUGGACCAGUGCUUUGUGGGCCUCAUCUUUUCCUGCUUCAUAGAGGACAAGAACACCAAGACGGGCCGGGUGCUGUACACCUGCUUCCAGUCCGUGCAGGCGCAGAAGGGCUCCGAGUACGAGCGCGUGGAGAUCCCCAUCCACGUCGUGCCCCGCGAAGCCAUCGGUAAGGUGUGCCUGGAGUCGGCCGUGGAGCUGCCGCGGAUCCUGUGUCAGGAGGAGCAAGACACGUACCGCAAGAUCCACAGCCUGGCGCACCUGGACCCCGUCACCAAGAUCCACAACGGCUCGGUGUUCACCAAGAACCUGUGCAGCCAGAUGUCGGCGGUGAGCGGGCCGCUGCUGCAGUGGCUGGAGGACCGGCUGGAGCAGAACAAGCAGAGCAUCGUGGAGCUGCAGCGGGAAAAGGAGAGGCUGUUGCUGGAGCUGGCUCUGUGAGCCGCCCGGGGGGGACACUGACGAGGGAAAGAUUAUUUUU